UAAGAAGAUAGUGGGACAUAAAAAAGCCGACAAAGUCUUUUAAACUUAUUCUGGAACGAUUUCGUGCAGACACUUGUUUUGAACUUGAAGAAACCUGAAAGCUGAAAUAAUGAGCAUCAGUGAUGAAGAUAAGAUUGUCCGAUGUCUUUUUGAAUAUGCCUGCAAAUACAAACUUUAUGACGUUAUUCAUGAAUUACUUGAAAAAUUUCCUACUUCAACACAAAUUUCACACAUCAGAUUGGCUCUGGCAGCAAUCUCUAAAAUAGUCACUGAUGAAGAUGUAGAAAAUUAUGAUCUGGCAUUGACCAUAAUUGAAGAAAUUCAUAUUUAUUCCAAAACUAAGGUUUACGAACAACUUAAAGAAUCAUUCCAAAAGAAGACUAAUGAAAAUGCAGACACACUGAAAAGAGUUUUAGGAAAUUGUGUGAAUGUUUUAGAAGCAAAGCUACCAUUAAGAAAUGUGCAACAGACCCAUCAGUCUUCAUCCAUGCGGAUUCUGAGUGAUGGUUUAUUGAAUCACCUGCAAACGGGUUCCCAUGAUGACUUACUGGGGCUUGCCAAAUUACUGGGUUCUCACACUCAAAGUCAUGAAGAAUUGAUGGACAAUGCACAGAGCAGACUCAGCUGCUCCUUUUCAAUGCUGACCGGUAGAUCAAUCGUACCGGACAACACAAGCCCUGUGGAAGGAGACCAGAUAUACACUGUGUCGAGCAGCAGUGACAGCGGUCCGCUGACUCAGUCUGGUGUGACUGACAAAGAGCACGAGACGUGCAGCCAAGAUCAUGUCAGCGAGACAGACGAACAUGAGGACAUUCUCUGCCAACAGGAUGUUUCUCCAACAUUUUCUUCUCAUGAAAAAAGAGUUGGAAGGAGAAAUGAUCCUAGUACUGAAGACAUUAUUCUUGCAUCUUCUGAUGACGAGACUUCAUCAAUAGAAUCAUUUCCACAAAUUAAAGUGUCAAAAAGGUUUGGAGGGCUCUGUGUUAUCAAACUGCACAAAGAUGCAUCCCUGUCAGAGAGCAUCAGUGAUCCAAAAACAAAUCAACCAGUAGACAUUUUUCGAUGAUUGUUGUAAGUUCCAUUCUGCGAAAUCUCUGUAAACCAACUUUCAUGUGACCCACAGCUAAGUAUUUAUGUUCGAGAAGACAGAAGAAGAAAAGACUUUCUGUAAAUUACCCUCCUUUGUAACAAUUAAAAUGGAAAAACAAUGUGCAACUUUCUACAUAUGGGGAAGAGAAAAGCCCCUUUAGGCAGUUGAUUAAUUAGCUGCAUUAGUGGUGUGAUCCAAACAGUUAGUAAUUUGUAAUGCAUCACUCAGGACUGUAUCAAGAAAGGCAACCACUGGGGAGGUCAGAUGGAUAUGUCGGAACUAGAGCUGGGCGGUAUUGAAAUUUCAGGUUUGGUAUCGGUAUUUUUGGGGUGACUUACCUUAGUAUCGGUAUUUUUGGGGUGACUUACCUUAGUAUCGGUACGGUAUUCGGUAUUGAUACAAUACAGAUACUGAUAUCGAGCACGAUUUUCAGUAUUUUGAAUGCAUGCCAGAGUUAUGUCUCACCUGCUAAUUUCAUCUAAUUAAUUAAUAAAAUUAAAUUCCAUACUCAAGGCCCUCAUUUCUUUUCUUUUCAGCUGUUUGGGUACGUCAGAUAUAUUGUUAGUGCUUUACUAAAUAGCGCAGGGCACAAUAUUUCACGCGAACCGCCGUUCUGUUCGCAGGUUAGUUACGCAAAGUUAAAUUUACACGAACCGCAAACAGGUUUUGUCAUGACCUGUAAACAUUCAGAAAUUAAAACUAGCAAACUUCACGAUUACAGGACGUUUAUUCAUGCAGACAUACUACUAGUACUUCGACAAAUGUUUUAGGCUGAAUUUUAGAUACUUAUGCGCAGCAAAUCAGUAAACAACGUUAUAUUUCAAUAGUUGUAAUUUGCAACCAGUAAAUGUUCAGUAUAGAGUCAAGUCAAAAGUUUUAAAGAAAUGUGCUCAGACUGCUGGGGACGGCUAAAUUAUCUGCUGCUAUUUUAUCCCUAAAGGAAUAUAUGUAGAAAUAAUAUUGGAUUGCCUAUAAUUUUGCAUAUGUUAAAAA